AUGGCCCUCCGGUGUUUGGAAAUCGUUAUCAAUUCAGCCAAGGACUUGAAGGACGUGAAUCUUUUCUCUAAGAUGGACGUGUAUGCCGUUUCCAUGAUCAACAACAGCCUCAACCUCAACAAUUCCUCCGAUCAAAAAACAACAAUCGACGAAAACGGUGGUACUAACCCCAAAUGGGUGCCGGACUUACCCAUGACGUUCAUCAUCGACGUCAAGGAGGCCAUGUGGCUAACCCUCGUCAUCAAACUCAAAGCCCACGGGACCUUGGGCGACAAAGAUGUUGGUGAAGUCCAUGUGCCCAUGAAGAAUUUGCUUGACAAUUGUGGUGGCGCAAAGGAUGCAAAACAUAUGAGUUGCAGCGUUAGGACCCCAGAUGGGAAGGCAAAAGGAGCACUAGACUUUUCCUUCAAGUUUGGUUAUGGGGGCUACCCAGCUUUUGUUCCAGCUGCACCAUAUGGUCCAUAUGCACCAGACACUGCUCUGGCUACGCCGGUGCAGCAGCCACAGAAUAAUUCUUUCAUUCCUGGCUUGUUGGCUGCGGGGUUUGAAGCGGUGGCCGUAGGAGUGGUCAAGGGCAUAGUCUAUAAUAAUUUGUUUGGUGAUGGUAAUGGAUUCAAUUAG